UUUUAUUCUUUUGUUCUUGUUCUUUUCAGUUCUUUUCAGAUUUUAAUAAUAAUGCGUAAAUAAGUUCAACAAUGAAACUCAAAGAAGGACUAGGGAUGAUUUUAGUCCUCCUACCAGUACUGGUUUCCGCAGUAACUCCAGGUCCAACAACUGUGACUGAAUACCUGGACUCCUGUUAUUGCCCAGGAGACCCAAAGUUUGUGACAGAUAGAAACCUGUUCUUAUCGAUGACACGGCUUCGACAUGAAGCUGAUUCUGGGAAUAUGCCUGGAGUAGAUCCUCUUGCAGUUUAUAAAGCUCCAGUUGAAAGAUUGCCUGGAAUACCUCCACUCUCUCUUCUUCAACUCAUGUUUCCUGGACAAGGAGAUACUGAGUUGCUAAGUCUGACUCAGGAACAGCUUCUCAAUAGAAUGGGUAUAACCACAACUGUGGCAACAACCCUAGCAACAACUUCAGCAGCAACAGCAGCUGCGUCAACAGCCUCAACUACAGCUGCUGCUCCUGCGGCACGAAAAAAACGACAAGCUGAGAAAGCAAUAGAAGAGUAUAUUUCAAGGUACAAAAGAGCUGCAGCCUCAGGUGCACCAAAGGAGGGAAUUGAUAUGUUAAUUCCACGCACCGUAAUGACAGGAAUUCAUCCUAGUGGUUCACCAAGAACUGAUCCAGCAACUGGGUAUGCCUGUAACUGUCCUUCACCAGGGAUGAGGCUUCGGAAGACUUUACAAUUAAGAGAUUCAGUCUGGAAACCAACAUUUAAGGAUCCAAAGAGUCUGACUUUCUUAAAAGAAAAAAAAGUAAAAGAGGAUGAGUUGAAUUUGAUGCUUUCCAAAAGCAAUCUACUACUGCAGGCUGGACUUGCUGGACUUACAGUUCUUUCAAUAGAAUUAACCGAUGCAACACUGGACUCCACCGGAGUGCUUGAUAAAGUUGGGUUGAUAGUAGAAACUGAAAUAUGCUUUGCCAAUGAGUACAAUUCAACUGUUGCCAGCACUCUUGACUCAUUUUUCACAGCAAACCAGGCUAUAAAUAUUGUAAGCAAGCCCUUUACUAAUGCAAGUUGUAGCAUUCAAGACUUACCAGCAACAUAUCCUGAAGUUGAUUCAUUCCUUACUAGAGCGGAUCCUGACAUUCAGUUUCAAGUAAAAGCAGAGGAAAUCAGCAGUGGGCUUUUCGGAUACUACAAAUGCACAACUUCAAUGAAGUUUUUAUCUGAAAAGUUUGACCGGGACAAAGAUGGAAAAAUGGGUAUACAAUGUAAGAAUGGUCAAUGGGAUAUCCAUCCAAGUGCAAUGCCUACUGUGAAUGAUUGUAUUGAGCAAACUGUUUGUAGUGUUGACACAAUAAUGGCCAAAGUAAACAGUGGCCUCUUUCGGAAGCCAUUAGUCACAAGGAUUGCUCCAAAAGAGUUCUUAUACCUGACAUGUGCAGAUCCUGAAUCCUAUUUGUACAACUCCAAGGAGCCUUUACCAGCAAUAUUUACCUUGAUAUGUCAAGAUGAUGGAACAAUGUUACCGUGGAAAAAAUCUGCUACCGGAGAGCAGGGACCAGAUCCUACAAACACAUGGCCAUCUUGCAAAACCCCAAACUAUUGCUCAAACUUUCCAGAAUCACCCAUCCCACCUUCAACAACCACUACAACAACAGUAGCACCUAGUAAUAUUACUGGACCUGUUCCAACUAGCAGACUAAUCCCAGCUAAACCAAUGAUAACAAAAGUGAGAGAAUUUGAUACUUAUGAGUACAAAUGUGAAGAUCCAGAUAUGGUAGCAGAUAAAUCAGCAUCAUUUCUUCUAGAAUGUCCUGCAAGUGGAGUGUUCCCAUCAGCUGCAUCCAUCAUGUGGCCUGUUUGUCGUCCAUCUGUAAAAUGUACUGAAAAUAUACCUUUACCACCAUUCUACACAGGACUUUUCAGUCGUGACUUGGCCCCAAUCAAAGAGUAUAGUGAAGUAGUUUACAGCUGCUUCAAGUCAGCUCUCAAACCAUCAGAUGGCAGCUCAAGUGUCAAGGUAAAAUGUCUAAGUGAUACAACCUACCAAGUACCAUCAGUUUGGCCUAUUUGCCAGAUUGAAGGCACUAAAAAAUGCAAUUGUCUUGGAGAUCCAGGGGUAACCAAUGCUGCAAGCUGUUCUUCUGGACUAGCCAACUGUCCUGCUGCAAAAAUACUUGAUGCUACUUGCAGAAUUAAUGGUAAAUCUCUGCUGGAUAAUGAUGUUUUGCCCUUGGUUCCAUUAAAAGAUAGAUGCGGAACAACUGAUCUUGCAGACCCUAAGCUUGAAAAUAUGUGCUAUUGCAUGCAGAAGACUGAUGACGGUGUCAAGGAUGCUUACAUCAUCAAUUUUCUAAUUGUGUCACACCUUUGGGAAAAUGAAAUGGCUUUUAUUUCAACUGAAAACUUUCAAAAAAUCAAACUGCUGGUUGAAAAGAACGUGGAUGAUUUAUUACUAACAAAACCAUACUUCAAUAGUCGGAAGUAUGUACAGAGUAAAUUAAUAACUGUGAGAAAAGGUCCAAAAAUAAAGUGUAAAACACCUCCUAAUCCCCCAAAACAAACAGGUUACAUAAAAAUAACAAGUGACACUGCUGAUGUCUCAGCUGGAGAAUUUUUUAUGUUUGAAUGCAGACGUGGAUUAUUCCUAGCAUCCUUAAACUCCACUGCACCUUUCGGACUGGAAUGCUUUGCAGACACAGCUAAUAUUCAGGGAGUCUAUGAUUUGCCUGCAGAAGGAUCAUGGGAGCCAUGUGUACCUGAUCCCUCAUACAUUCCUGGCUGCAAGUCAGAUAUGUGGCCUAAGCCCACUGGAACAGACUUAGUCCUUGAUAGUAAUCCAAGUAACAUUCCCAUUGGUGACACACUCAAGUUUAUUUGUCCUAUAAUAGCUAACCCACCUUCCACUAAACCCACCCUUAGAGGAAUUACAAGCUAUGGGAAAACUUUUGAGCUAAGAUGUCUUGAUGGAGAAGUGCUUGAAAGAGCCUUUUGGCCUUCUUGCAGACCUCCCAAAAAAUGUAUUGGUUCAGAAGGACCUGAAUUUGACACAGAUGCUACAGGACUUGCUCGGUCAUAUGAUGAUACCUAUGAAUUUGAAUCUUUUAAUCUCAGUUGUUCGGACACUGUGAAAGAAGUUCCUGGAACAGGACAAUUUUCUGUAACAUGCGGAUACUCAUCAAACAGUGCAUCUGAAACAGCCAACUGGACAAUUCCAACUUCAUGGCCUGUUUGUCAGUUUAAAGACUCAGAAUCCUGUGAUCCUGUAAAUGAAAUUCAAAUUCCAAUUGAUACAGGAUUGAUUCCUGAUACCAAUAAAUUUAUACUAAAGGAUUCAGAUGGAGUGUUCAAAUGUAGGAAUACCUCAAGAUUGAUAUACUUUCCUGAUAAUAGACCUCCUGCGCGAACAAUGAACAUAAAAUGUGGUAGCACAGGUGACUUUAUCCCUCCCGAGGUUUGGCCAACCUGCAAAUGGCCAUCUUGUCCUAACACCAAUCUUCCACCAGAUAACUCAACAAAACAGUUGCGGCCUGUCAUAACAGAUCCAACACCCAUGAAUGAAUUCUUAAGAUAUGUAUGUCCUGGAAUUAAUGUCACUGAUAGUGGACCAAGUGUUUUGGUAAGAUGUCAAGCAUUCACAAAUGGAUCAGGAGUAUCUUAUGCCUUCCCUGCAAGUUGGCCUAAUUGCAGAGCACCUUUUGUUUGUAGAGCAAGUAGUUUUCCUGCACUUCCAGCUUAUGCAAGUAGCUCAGGUCUGGUUUGCCCAGCAACUAAUGUCACAGAGUUUUCAAGUGCAAACUGUACAUGCCCAGCAGGAAAGAUGAUGGACUCUAAUGUGAUGCCUAGAUGUGCACAAAAUGGAGUUUGGACUGCCCCAACUACGUGGCCUGUUUGUGUUGCUGUUUCUACACAAGCAACAACAGUAGCUGCUGCAACAUCUACUGUUAAGGGAGCAGAAGCUACAACAACAGCAAAUACUGGAACUACUUUGACAGGAACUGAAAUUACAACUGUAGCUGAAACUUCUACUGGUUCCACUGUCUCUGACACUUCUGCUGUACCUACAAGAAGAAAAAGAAGUAUUGUAGAAUUUGUGUAUGACUCAACCAAGAAAUCUUAUGUUUCGGUAAAAGAGCUUGCAUUGAUAAGAGAGAAAAGACAGGCAUCAAUAACUCCCAACUACAUUGAAGUGGUGAUGGAGAUUCAGUUUGCUGCAAGAGCUAAUGUUACAGGAUUAAGAAUAACAGAUUUAACAACAGUAUUGAGAAACAUUACAACCUCCAUGAAAGGGGAAUUUAGACCUGACAAGUCUGAUCCCCUCUACCUAGCCUUAGAAGUUCCUCCUCCUAAACUGGAGACAUGCCGAGAUUGCAUUUUAGUUCAGAGACCUACAACAUGUGAAAAUGACCUUCUAAGCCUUAUGAGAGCUGGUUACUCCAACAAUAAACCAGUUGUCUUACAAGAUGACCCCAGGGGAGGGAAGAAGGAUGUUUUAGAAUUGAUGGUUGGAGCAACUGUGGAAUUGUAUUGUACAGAUUAUUGGAAAAAACCAAAGAAAGAUAUCUGGGAUGAUGACCGAACUGAUGGUGUACUUACAGCAACCUGCCUGUUUACAAGAAAGUUUAAUCUCCCCUACGAUAUCUCGAGCUGGGGAAGUUGCUUGGCAAAAUGUCCGGAAGUAAAACCGGAAACUGAUUCAACUGCAAUACCGGACACUAAACUUGUUCUUAGUUCUGCUUAUCUAGGGGAUAAAGAAACUCAAGAGUUAUGGGAGGGCGAAGAUAUUGCCUACGUUUGUAAAAACAGUUCCCUUGUGAUCAACAACAACCCCGAUCUGGUCGCCGUGAAGUAUAUGUGUAAAGCUGAUGGUUACUAUCUCACUCCUAAAGGGAUUGCUGCAGGGGAUCCCUGGCCUAUCUGUACUACCAAACCUGUUAGACCACAAAUCAAGGAGGCAAUUCGGCUAAUGCUUAAUAAGUUUGACAAAAAUAUUGCUUACAGGCAUGCUUUGUAUGGUGGAAAUAUCAAGAAAACUAAAAUUGAAGAUGAAUUGGUUGGAAAAUUCUAUACGCUUACUUUGCCUUGUGCUGCAGGCUUUAUCGCAGCAGUUAUAGCUUUAUGUUGCUGUACUCGACCUGAUAGUGUUCUAUGUAAGAUCUGUGAUCCGACUAUAUCUGAAAAACCGACUGGAAAAUCUGCUUUGAGGCGCAGUGCUAGAUCAGCCAGAAUGAGUGCUCGGAGUACUGCAUCCCUGAUACCAGAUCCAGAGCUAGGAGAGGGAACUCCGGAGGGAGAAAGUAUGGACGAAAAUCCAGAAGAAAAUCCGAAAGAGAAUCCUGAAGAGAAUCCUGAGGAAAAUCUGAAUGAAAAUACUGAACAACCCUCUGAGGAAAAUCAAGAGGAAACUCCAGAAGAGGAAGAGGAAAAAGAAGAAGAAGAGGAAAAAGAAGAAGAAAAAGAAGAAGAAAAAGAAGAAAAUGAAGAAGAAGAAGAAGAAGAGGAAGAAUAGAGUAUUAAUCAUUAAACCUAUGACUUGUGAAGCAGUGCCUUCAUUGAAUCAUUAAAACAAUCAAUAAAUUGAAAUUGUUGAAAACCUUAAAAAAUAAAUAAAAAUAUGUAAACAUUAAAUAUACAUCGUAACAACAAUGUAUUAUCAGUAAAUAAUCUAUGAAUAUAAAACAGAUUACAUUUA